AUGUCUGGAAACACAGAGGAUGGACAGAGUCCAAUCAAUAACUCUAUCUUUGAUGAACUAGUAUUCCAAAAUAUGGAUAUGCACCACCCCCAUUCAAUUGACCGAUCGAUUUCACCACGUCAACUAUCAAAGAGCAACUCACCCGAUCCUAGUAUACACAAACAAAAGCAACCACAACUGCAGGAACAGCGGCAACAACAACAACAACAACAGCAUCUUGAGAAGAAAAGAGGAUCACCCCAGAGUGAACGACCUCUGAUUUGCAUAAUCGGUGAUAAUCAAAAUGCACAAAAAAAUUCAAACCAAACAAAACAAAGCACAGUACAAGACGAUUCACCAGGUACACCAGGUACACCAGAUGUACCAGGUACACAAGUAUCACAAAUAUCACAAGUAUCACAAAAUAACAAUGCAGAUACCUACUCCUCCUCCUCCUCUUCUUCCCCGCCAAAGAUGAUUUCGCAAUCCACGUACAACAAGAUUGAAGAUCACAUCGAUUUAAGACUAGCAUCACUGAAUAACCCAACAAUUGUGAUGGAAUUGGACCUUGAUGGAAAUAUCAAGUACUUGUCGCAGAAUUGGGAAUAUAUAGUUGGUACCCAUAUAAAGAAGAUUAAGAAUCGACACAUAUCAAAGAUUAUCAUUGGUAUAAACGACGAAGAUUUUCAAGUAUUCAACAAGGCUAUCGACUCAAUGAUUAAAGAUGACGGAAGCUACAAGGUUAAAUUCAUUACUGCAACUAAUCACACAAGGUAUAGCCUGCUUAUUGACAAGGACAAAGACAAAGACAAUGACAAUGACAAUGACAAUGACGAAGAUGAAGAUGGAGAGGAAAAUGCGAGGAUUGCCGAGUUGAGGAAUAUUGUUGCAUCGCUGAGUGGGCGAAGAACUCCGCAUAACUCUACUGAAGAUUUACUGGUUGUUGAUGUUGAAUCCUUACCCGUUGACGAUUUUGUUCCUGAAGAAAAAGAGCAAAAACAAGAGCAAGGAUUGGAAAAUGUAGAUGAAGAAAUCUUAUUAUCGGCAACUACAUCGAGCCCACUUUCGUCUACAUUGUCAAAUGAUGGAGACUUUAUUGAAUUGGAAGCACAGGGGAUAAUGAUCCACGACCCAAAGACAAAACUUCCAACCCACUCAAUGUGGACCAUCCGUCCAUUCGUUCACGUUGAUUUGGAACUAUCAAUACCAACGGCAUUGUUUGAUCUUUUGGGGUUUGGCUCUGAGAUUUUUGAAUCGUACUUGGUAAAUUUGAAAAACUCCGGCAUAACCGAUGAAGAAAAUGUACCACAACCGAAUACUAUACUAUGUAGGAUAUGUGAAACUCACAUUCCUGCUUGGUUCAUAGAAAAGCAUUCAGAUUUAUGCAUUAUUGAACAUAGAGUCGAUGAGCAAUUACAACAAUGUCAUGAUGCAAUAGUAGAUCAACGAGAUAUGGUUGAGAAGAUUAGCGAGAGUCUAGCUCUGCAAAUGCAACAAACCGUGGGAGGAGGAACAAGUACAAGUACAAAUGUAAGUACAAGUACAACUUCAGGUUCAGGUUCAAGUGGAAGUGGAAGUGACGCUGGUUCAGCACAGUCGUUGCUGUCAUCUCUGGGGUCAAUACACCUUCUGCCUCGAUCUUCUGUUUCAUCUGGCUCGUCGUCAGAUGAUGAUGGCACUCUGAAUGUGAUGUUGGAAUACAAAGGAAUACCUUUACCAGUAAUUUCGGAAACAUCUUCGCCAAGGCUAGCCAACAAAGUAUUGACCAAGAAUUUCCAAGCACGCAAUAAAAGCUUGAUUUACUCUAAAAAAUUCCCCUUUGGCACUUUACAAAGACUUAUUGAAUCUUGUGACGAAGCAUUGGCAAUUAACCCACCUUCGAGGAGAAUAGCUACUACAAGUGAAAGUAAUAAUAAAACUGGUAACGACGCGGAUGGAGUUGGGGGUGGAGGUGAUACCUUUGAUGAUGGCGAUAUCACCAAUCCUCAAACUACUAUUGUAUCAUUUUCACCAGAAUCAGAAAAGCAUAUAACCUCAGCUAUGAACCACCAGGGCCACAUUGAAUCUUCGGACCCGGCCAUAAAACAACUUAUAGAAGAUGUCGAUGUACUUAUCAGCGAGAAGUUGGAAAUAUUAUCUCGAUUAGUCUCCAUUUUGCAAUAUUCGGAAAAGAUCAAGAAUAGAGUCGAUGAACUAGUGUUGAUGUGUGUACGUGAAACAGUGGAGAAAAUCAGAGACCAAACUGAAUUUGCAUUGUCGAGAAGUGCAACGCCGAGUAGUAAUAAUCAACUCGAUUCAUCUCAUCAACAUCAUCCACUGCUGUCAUAUAUAGCCAAUGACAAUGAUUCUCAAAAUGUGAACAUGCAAAUGCAAAUUGCCAACCAUUUGCAGAGCCAAGAUCAGAAUUAUAAACUCAAUAGAAACCUGCCUCAAUUGAAAGCUCCAACGCCACUAAUGGCUGCUCCACAGCCGUCGCGAAGCAAGUCUCCCGAAGUUUUGCAUGCUUCAUACGACAACGUCGUGACACCACACGAUUUGCUACGCCGAGAUUCCAAUGAAGCGCCCCACCAUCUGUCAACCGUGACACCACCCGUUUUACCACCUGCGUUACCACCCGUUCUCACCAAAUCGAGAUCUAGCUUUAGUUCGCGAAAUUCGCAAAGUAACAACAGCUCUAGAGAGUUGAUCGAGACAAUUCAAAAUCAAAGUUCCCGGAAAUCGUCAGGUAACAAUUCAGUGUACUCUUCACCCAGGCAUCAUCAUUUGUCUCCAGCGCCAUGUCUCGAUAAAAUCAACCUUACUACGUUGCUGAAGAAUAAUGCAGUAAAAGCAUCACCCAUGUCGUCGCCAAUGGUUGACUCGACCGCAAAUAACGGGAAUAUCAACGAAAAAAGAAUUACCAAAUUGUCUCUAGAUACCAGUGGCCCUUCACAUGGUCGAGGAUUAUCUCAAGCAUCUGCUACGCCGAGUCUGAAAAGCAGUACAGCUAGGCCUCCCUUGUCACCAUUGCUCGUAUCAACACAACCGCCUCCUCCCAAAACAGCUAGCAUCAAAGAUUACGAAGUCAUCAAACCAAUAAGCAAAGGUGCAUUUGGAUCGGUGUUUUUAGCAAGAAGAAGGAUUACUGGCGAUUACGUUGCCAUAAAAUGUCUUCGUAAAAGAGAUAUGAUAGCUAAAAAUCAAGUGCUAAAUGUCAAGUCAGAAAGGGCAGUCAUGAUGCGGCAAUCAGAUUCUCCUUAUGUUGCUCAAUUGUACCACAGUUUCCAAUCGAAAAAUUUUUUAUAUUUGGUCAUGGAAUAUCUCAAUGGAGGAGAUUGUGGCAAUCUUAUCAAGAGCUUGGGUGUUGUUGGUUUGGAUUGGUCUCCUCGUUACAUUGCCGAAAUAAUCAUUGGGGUUGAUGAUCUACACAAGCGAGGUAUUAUCCAUCGAGAUUUGAAACCAGAUAACAUUCUUAUUGAUCAAAAUGGGCAUUUAAAAUUAACAGAUUUUGGGCUUUCACGUUUAGGUGUUGUGGGAAGGCAAACGCAACAUAGAAAUAGCAGUAUUAAUGAGCAAAAUGUUGAAUUGUUCCGCAGCAUGUUUGGAGGUGCAUCCGCUGGCGGAGGAAACACCAAUGAUGAGCAUGUAAUGCAGAAUCAAUCACAGCAGCAGCAGCAGCAGCAGCAGCAACACUAUCUGCAUCACCAACCACCACCAGCACAACAACAACAACAAAAUCAAAAAAGGUAUAGCUCAAGCACACCUGUUUCCUUAUCUCCUACAUUAGAGCACUUGAAACUACAUCAGCAACUGUAUUUGUUUCUGACACCUGAUGCAUCAUCGUCGCAAGCAUCGAGCUCACCAAUAGCCUCUAUAGAAGGAUUGAGCCAACCUCCUGUAAUUGGCACUCGAAAGAAAAGCAUAAGGUCAAACUCUGGUGGCAAUGACUCUCCGUUGUUGAAGCCCAUUAUUCCAAGAACAGCUUCCGAAUCAUCUUUUGCAAUUGUUGAAGAUGAUAGUUCAAGUCCUUCGGUUACAAACUAUGCCUUGUAUGACCCAAAACAAGAACACGGAGGCGUGGGUGCCGGUGAUCAUGAGAUUAAGAAAUUCGUUGGCACUCCAGAUUACUUAGCGCCAGAGACUAUUCAAGGUGUUGGUCAAAGCGAAGCAUCGGAUUGGUGGUCUAUUGGAUGCAUUUUGUUUGAAUUUCUUUACGGUUAUCCCCCAUUUCAUGCAGAAACCCCACAAGAAGUGUUUGACAACAUCUUGAGUGGCAAAAUUGAUUGGCCCAACUUAUCACCUGAAGAAGAUAUGGAAUUUUGCACUCCAGAGGGAAAGGAUUUGAUCAAACAACUAUUGACUCUUGAUCCUGAAAAGAGGCUUGGGUCCAACGGAGCUGAGGAGAUCAAAAAUCACGCUUUUUUCAGACACAUUCAUUGGGAUACAUUGUAUGAGGAGCCGGGCGUAUUUAUUCCAAAUUCAGAGGAUCCAGAGCUGACAGAUUACUUUGACUUGCGAGGCGCACAAUUGGCACAAUUUCCCAAGGAAGACUCAUCGUCAUCAGAUGAGGAAAAAGUAAACGACGAUACCAAUAACGAUAGAAGACUGUCUAUUAAUUCGCUUCACUUACCACCAAGUACCCAUUCAUCUUCUUCAAGGUCUGAGAGGAGGCCGAAUAAAUUGAGUGAUCCCAGUGGAGAGUUUGGACUGUUCCAUUUUAGAAAUUUGUCAGUAUUGGAGAAGCAGAAUAAAGACGUUAUUAACAGACUCAAGUCAGAGCAUAUGGAGCAUAUGAAUAGCUUUUCAUCGUCGUCUCUGGAAAGUACUCCCGUGUUACGCUCUCGUGGGUUCUCGUUUGGUACCGCGAACCAAAGUGGAGGUAUCGGUGGGGGUACUAAUAGUGCUAGUAGCAAUGCUGGCGGUAAUACCGGCAUGGUAGGGCCCAUUACAAGUUUUAGUGGCAGUCCUUUCAAAAGACCAAUUUCACCACCUGCAGGUUUGGGACCAUCGAUACCGCACAGACCCAUGGAUUUGCGUAAACACGAGCGUAUCCCCUCAACAGUAAGUACGUUUUCGCUGGGGGAUGAAGUGAUGCCAGGUGAAUCACCAAAUACGUCAACCUCGUAUUUUCAUCAAAGAUCAUCUAGUUCGCCGUAUGUGCAAACAUUGCACAAGCAGUCAAGUUUAUUAUCGCAGCAUUCCCCCACGGCAAGUACGUUCUCAUACCCCAACCCAAGUAUCGCUGGUACUGCACUGUCGCAUAUCCGUGAUUUCUCAUCGCCAAAUUCAUCAGACUCAGAGGAGGCAGCUAAUCGUUCGAAUGCACUCUUGAGGAUUCAAAGAAGACGCGAGAGUUCGAGAAUGUCUGAUACGGUUGUAUCGCUACUGCAUGAGAUAGAUGUUCUUUAUUGUGAACCUAUCUCAUCCGUUCGUCACCAAACGGUAAAACUACUUGAGAAAGCCGGUUGCAUCACAAUUGCUGUAUCCGACGGUGAAGAGUUGAUCAAGAGAGCAACCAGUCAAGUUAAGUUUGAUUUUAUAAUGACCGGACUAAGAUUAGCCAAAGUCGAUGCAAUAGACGCUAUAAAGUUGAUCAAAUAUACCACCGGAAAAAACGCAGAUACACCUGUUGUUGCCAUCACGGGAUUCCCUGAAGAGGCAAGACAAAGUGGCUGCUUUGAUUACGUGAUUGAGAAACCAGCAAGCUCGGAACAGAUCAAAAGAUGUCUUGAUAAGCUUCGAAACGAAGUUGCAGUCAUUGAUUAG